GGGCAUCAGCUGGGGAUAUUUAACUGAGGCAGAGAUCAGACUGACAUCCAGACGGACGAGGAACAAGGAACGAGACUACUCCACUACUUCACCUGAGAUUAUAUUCCAGCUGCAGAGUGCUGUGAGAGCCUGAACCAUGCGUCCUGUUGUGGUUACUACCAUCCUUUCUCCGGUUGGUGCUGAUGUCCAUGUUGGACUCUGCAGCCGGGGAUACUGCCGAAAUGUGUAGGACCAAAUAUCCGUUCACACCGUGUAGGAAGAACGUCGGAGAAGGCUGGGCCCAGAUGGGUAACAACCGCUGCGUGAAGGCGUUCUUCGAUAAUAAGCAUAUUUAUCAUACGGAUGCAGAGAAUGCCUGUAAAAAAUUCCCAAAUGGCCAUCUGGUAUCGAUCCACAAUGACGUGGAGCAGAAUCAAGUCAUAUGUGCCAUGUACAGAGUCAGCACCAGAGACUCUAACUACUGGAUUGGAGCCUACCUUACUGAGAGUGGUUAUUCUUUCGCAAUAGUUUGUAAGUGGUUUUGGACGGAUGACACUCCUUUUGCUUACACUUGUUGGGCUGGUGGCAAGCCUGACUUCUAUAUGGCGAGAGAGUACUGCGUUGAGAUGAUCUAUGUGGGUAAGUAA